GAAUGCAAGGGACAUUUGGAGCUUGAGCUAAUAAAAUGUUUUGAUAGACUAGUAACACUAGACCAUGGACAAUGGUUUCAAAAUCUAUUUCACUUUCCACACCUUCUUUUUCUGUUUUUAAUAUUUCAUAUUAUAUUCUCUAUUUAAAUGUUUUCUUAUAUAAUUGUAGACCGUAUAUAUAUAGUAACAUCUUAUAAAAAUCUACAUAUAAUUAAGUCUACUUUCUCCAAAAAGAAGAAAAAUAGACUCGCAGAGAGAAGUUAGAGAGAAAAAGUAGAUCUUGGAGGUUCGGUGUCCGGCCGGCGCGUAAGCGCGCCUGCCGGCGCCGGAGCUCGUCGUCUUUCAGUUUAAUCGUCCGGCUUUUGUCCCAUCCUCCUCUCCGUUCAGUGACCGCCUUGUCUGAGCUGUGGUUUCAUCAUCAUCUAUGAUGUAUCGGAUCUUGGAGUGAAGACGCGGUUGGUGUGGAGUUGAUGGUGCGGUGAGGACGCGUGUAGUAUGGAUCUCGUUCCCGGGAGAUGGAAGCAUCCACAGAUCCGUCGUCGCCGGCUUUUGUUACUGCGAGGUGGAAGCGUCUUUGGCUUCGCCGUCGUCGACUCAAGUCCCCGGGGUGUGAAGGCUUCCUCAGCUUCCCGCCGCCGGCUUUAGGUUUUUUAGUUAUGGUUUCUUAGUGCUGGGUUUGAGCGGGGAUCGUCUGGUUCUUGGUUGUCGCUUUAGAUUUAAAGAUUUCAAGCUUUCGCUUUGUCGGAAGAGCUCUCUAGGAGAGAUGAGGCUCUCCGAUGGGUGGAUAGAGUGGGAAGUAUUGGAUGGGUUCGGCGGAGGCUCUUCGGUUAUGAGCUCCGUUUGAAGUUUGUGGUGGUGAGGUGAUUCCGGUGGUGAGACGAGGCGGAGUCGGCCAAGUCGAGGCGGAUGCAACGCGUGCAGUUCUGAUGGGUGGAGAUGCAUCCACGUGUUCGGCGUCCAGUCUUUUUGACGCUCGAGUCGGUCGUCGUCACACCGGGGAUGGUUUGGGCCGUUGGCCCGUGUAAUGGGUACUGUGGAUUAUUGGGCCGGGUUUUUUUUUUUUUUUUAUGUAUUCUGGGCUUUUAUGUAAUCGGUUUCGGGGUUCGGCCCGAUCUUUUUAAUAUUAAAAACAUUGACGGAAAAAAAGGAAGAAAAAUAGACUCGACCAAAAAAAAGAUAUGUGGACGUUAGUAAAUGACUUUACCGUUGACUAUAUUAAUUUCUAGUUCUUAGUAAAAAACACAAUGAAAGUGGAUGGACCCACCAAAGAUGUCUCUGUCUCAAAUAUCAGUGGUGUAUCUGUAAAGUAACAACAGUAUUUAUGUCAUUUAUAGCAGGAAAAAAAAACUUAUCGACCUAUCACUUUCUCAAAUACUAUAUUUGACCAUUUGGAUACAUUUCUAUAUUUCUGAUACAUAGAUUUCACAGUGAAAUUAUGGAAGAGUACGAAGAACAUAUGCAAAAGUUGGCAGCGAAGUUGAUGUGGUUAGCACUGGGUUCACUGGGAGUUGAAGAAAAAGACAUUGAAUGGGCUGGGAUUAGUUCAGACUUUCAAGGGUCCCAAGCAGCUAUCCAACUAAACCACUAUCCAAUAUGCCCAGAACCAGACCGAGCAAUGGGCCUUGCGGCACAUACCGACUCAACUCUCAUGACCAUACUGUACCAGAACAACACUGCCGGUCUCCAGGUUUUCAGGGAUGACGUGGGCUGGAUCACCGUGCCACCUGUCCCUGGAUCACUAGUGGUCAACGUCGGUGACUUACUGCACAUUUUGACCAACGGAAUAUUCCAGAGCGUUCUUCACCGAGCUAGAGUUAACCACAUCCGAUCUCGCUUCUCCAUGGCUUACCUGUGGGGUCCACCUUCUGAGCAAAUGAUCUCUCCGCUUCCCAAACUGGUUGAUCCUCCGCAGUCUCCUCUUUACCCAUCUCUCACUUGGAAACAGUACCCUGCAACCAAAGCUAUCCAUUUUAAUCAGUCUCUUUCCUUUAUUAGAAACUGUCUGUCUUUAGACCAAAUCUCUUGAUGUUUACUUUUUCUACUGGCUUUAGUGUACAGUUUUAAUUGAAUCUCCUUAAUGUUCUAGUGUUUAUUUAAUUUUUUUUUUAAAAACUAAAGUUGCAAAUCAAACGUAUAUAUAUAUUUAUUCAUACAUUGACACUUGGAUAAACAUGCAUUCAUUGCGGCGGCAAAGAAUGAUGUAAUUCGUUACUCCACGCCAUCAUCAAGAACAAAUCAAUGAGAACUGAAAUCAACAGCUAUGUGUGGUCUGACUGCAAAUAUCAAACAUUUGAGCUCGGAUUUGUCGACAAAUAUGAAAUAGAAUCAGAAAGCUCUGUUUUUUUUUUUGUUACCAGAAGGGAUCGUUUCCUUGUGGCCAAAGUAGUUCAGAGAAAUCUUUGCAAGCUUGGGGCUCCGUCGCAUAAUCAAUCCCGAAACUCUCGUGGAUUCGGUAAUCGUCAACAACGACCAUAGACAUGUAGCCAUGGGAGGCCUUGUGAUUCUCAUUCUUGAUCUUGACCUCGUAAGGGAGAUCAUACAUCUCCUUCAUGCCGGCAAGCAAGCAAGUCAUCCCUGAGGUCUGAUGAAAUGCCAUUGAACUCUGCCACAAACCACCCACCCCUGCUCCUCCAUUGCUUUUCGGACCUCGUCUCUGAUCGUGUUUCAGUGACUCGUUCCUGGCACUAGUUUAUCGCGGGCAGGAG